CAGUGUUUUUUUGUUUUGUUUUUGUGUGUGGUAGAAACAUAAAAGUAAAAGCAUGUUUUAUAACUUUAUAAUAUUUUUAUUUUAUAAAAUAUUAGAUGGUGUUGAAAUCUUCAAGUUGCAUGGCUCAAGUGUUAUUGUGGAUGGAUAUUUUGCAAGUACUCAUUUGCAAUGUUUUACUCAAGUGAAGGUGCAAAAUGUUCCAGAAUCAGAUUAUUUUGCACCCUCACCUCCUCAGUUACAUGUUCAUGGUAAAACAGAGAUUUCUAUUGAGUGGGAUCCUCCUAAAAAUCUUCUUGGCAGAUUAAAUUAUUAUGAACUUAGAAUGGAUAACAUGAUAAUAUAUAGAGGAAUUGACCGCUGUUUUACUGCGCAAGCUUUUCAUCCAACUAAAGUUUAUGGCUUUACAGUUUCAGCUUGGAUGAGUGAGGGUAGAUGCGAAAGUUUACAUAGAACACGUCGAAUCAGCAAACAAUGAAAUUCUUCCAGAUGUUAUUGGCUUUUGU